AUGACUUGUAUGAAGGUUUUCCUAUGUUUGUGUCUUGGGGUACUUUUUUAUACUACUAAUGGUAGGAAUCUACCAUCGUCUGAUUCUUUGAAAGAUGAGAAGUUUCUCUUUGGUCACCAUGGUGGUGGCUUAGGUGGUGGUGGUGGAUUUGGUGGAGGAGGCGGUGGAGGCCUUGGUGGCGGUGCUGGUCUUGGAGGUGGUGCUGGUGCUGGAUUUGGAGGUGGUGCUGGUGCUGGUGGUGGACUUGGUGGCGGUCUUGGUGGUGGAGGCGGUGGAGGAUUUGGCGGAGGUGGUGGUGGUGGGAUCGGAGGUGGUGCUGGAGCCGGUGGUGGGUUUGGAGCUGGAGCUGGUGGUGGAUUAGGUGGAGGAGCCGGUGGCGGUGGUGGAUUUGGUGGUGGUGGAGGUGGUGGACUCGGAGGUGGUGUAGGAGGUGGAUUUGGUGGUGGUGCUGGUGGUGGAAUUGGACAUGGAUUUCCAUGA